UCGUUGAUAUAUGAAGUAGAAGUACCAUUAAUUACAAAAAUGUCAUACUAACUGUCUAUAUAAUUUUUGUAUUACACUAUUACCACGUUUAUCAAGGUGGGGCUUUCCUCAGUAACCAAAGUUUGCCUAACCUUGUACUCCCUUCUCUCACUCCCAGCUUCGUGUUCUCUCGAAUCAUCAGCAAUGGCGGAAUACAAAACCCUUAAAGUCAACCCAAUCAAAUCAAAUUCCUCCGUCUUCUACCUUUACCUCAAUCGUCCAUCCCAUCGAAACGCCCUAUCAAGAGACUUCUUCGACGAAUUCCCAAAAGCCCUAAAAUCCCUCGAUCAAAACCCUAACGUCAAUGCAAUCAUCCUCGCCGGCGCCGGCGAUCACUUCUGCUCCGGCAUCGACAUCAACACCCUCACCUCCAUCACCCAAUCGGCGGAUCGCGCUCGCACCAACGAGCGUUUUAGGAGAGAGAUUAAGUACCUGCAAGCGGCGGUUACUGCACUGGAAGAAUGCCGGAAACCGGUGAUUGCCGGUAUUCAUGGAGCUUGUAUUGGAGGUGGAAUUGAUAUUAUUACAGCCUGUGAUAUUAGGUAUUGUACUGAGGAUGCUUUCUUCUCUGUUAAGGAGGUUGAUUUGGCAAUUACUGCUGAUUUAGGGACUCUUCAGAGAUUACCUGGGAUUGUUGGAUUUGGAAAUGCAAUGGAAUUGGCUUUGACGGCGAGACGGUUUUCGGGUUUUGAGGCUAAGGAAAUGGGUCUGGUUACUCGGGUUUUCGGUUCUAAAAAUGAUUUGGAUGGUUUUGUGGCGCGCAUUGCUGAGGAAAUUGCUGCAAGAUCUCCUCUAGCUAUCACUGGUACUAAGGCAGUGUUACUAAAAAGUAAGGACCUCAGUUUAGACCAAGGGUUGGACUAUGUAGCUACGUGGAAUGCUGCAAUGCUUCUAUCUGAUGACCUAAAAGAGGCAACCUCUGCCUUUUUCCAGAAAAGAAAGCCAGUUUUCUCAAAGCUUUGAUCAGCUUCAGGGAUUCAGGUCAUGUUGUUCUUCUUGGUUAAAGACUUAAAGUUGAAUAAGCUUAUUAAGCUCUAGCAGUCAGGUAUACUAUACUUUUAUCACUAGCUUGGAGGUUUUAACCAUACCUACUUGGUCUAUAAUGAGUCUUAUGGUUGUACAGCCUUGUGCUUGUACGAGUUGUACCAAAUUGUCUCUCUGGUCCCUUGUAUAGAUCUUUUACAUCUCAUUUGUUGUUACAAUCUCCUUAUUGUUUGUGCGCACAUUCUAAAAUAAAAUCCUUGCAGAGUUUAUGAUAUUUUGGGUUUUUGCAA